CUGACCUGACGUGUCUCUCUGUCUGUCUGUCUGUCUGUCUGUCUGUCACACUGGAUCUAUCUGUCCUAGCUGCUUGGUGUAUCUAGGGAGGAGGAGAUCAUCCAGCACCAGGACCUGAAAUCACAAACCAGCAGAAGAAGAGAGGAAACCUGAAGAGGCAGACUCCAUCAUACCCAUGAGAAACAUGGGAGGAAAAGAAAAGAAGAUUUUGGUGAUUGCAAAUGUCCCCAGAUACCAAGGGUCAGACAAGAAAAUUCUGUGUAAUGAUUCUGGUUCAGACAAGAAGAGUGGAAAACCAUUGCCACCAGCAGUUCCACCACCUAUACCCAUGUCCCCCAUGGUAGAGAAGAUGGAGGGACUGAAGGCGAUCCGCAACCGCAGCAAUAGCCUUCGCCUCGGUCGACUGACCUUCUACCAGCACCUGGAGAAGGUGGAGACUAUGCGCAGCUUCUGGGAGCUCAAACGUGCAGAGAUGGAGGAAGGAGACCAGAAGACAAAAGAUGACAAGGAUAAAGCUAAACUGAGCCUGAAGAAGAAGAGGAAGCCCCUGGACACAUCAGAUACAUCCUCCUUGAAUGAGCCAGUGCUACAGGAACAAGUGCAAAGGCUCAACAGGCAGAACACUGAGCAUUCCCAUGCAAAUGUGGAGGCUGAAGUCCAGAUGGGGGAGGACAGAGGACAGGCCAAACGGAUCCUGGAUGGACCACAUGCCUCUGCUGCCCAGACAGAGGAGAGGAAGGACGAAAGCGAGGAGAGAGAAGAGGAAGAUAAGGAUGAAAUCUUUGAGGACUCAGAGGAAGAGGAGGAAAGCGCAGAAGAUGAGGAUGUACAACUAUCUAGAAAAGUGGAAGAUGACAGGAAUGAACAGCAUAAAGAAGAGAUAGAAGAGUUGUCAAAAUCAGAAAGAGCCUCAAGUGUCAUCAUAGUCUCCAAGACCUCUCAUUUACCACAGGAGAGCUCUGAGGACGUCAGUGAUCUGGCCACCUGCAGUAAACAUCGUGUCCACAGAGAAGACCACGUGAAGGAUGACCCCCCAAAAAGCAAAGUGGAAGACAGAAAAAUGAAAAAUGCUGAUGGACAAGCAGUGGAGGGGGGCAAACCAGAGGCCUCCAAAUCUGACAAGGCAAAGACAGAAGUGGAAGAGGAAGAAAAGGAGGGAGAUGCAGCAGUGAAGGAAUUCAUUAUUGACUCAAGCCCUCCACCGUUAGCACCUUUUGACCACCGCAUUGUGACUCCCAAACCCCAUCAGAUAACCACCUAUUACACUAUCAAGAGAGAUGAAGUCCUGGGAGGGGGACGUUUUGGACAAGUGCACAAAUGCAUAGAGAUCUCAUCCGGCCUGACGCUGGCUGCCAAAAUCAUCAAAGCCAGGAACCAGAAAGAGAAGGAGGUGGUGAGGAAUGAGAUUCAUGUAAUGAACCAGCUGAACCACGUCAACCUCAUCCAGCUGUAUGCCGCCUUCGAGUCACGCUAUGACAUCAUCCUAGUCAUGGAAUAUGUGGAGGGAGGGGAGCUGUUUGACCGCAUCAUUGAUGAAAGCUGCAACCUGACUGAACUUGACACGGUGCUGUUUAUACAUCAGAUCUGUGAAGGACUGCAGUACAUGCACAAAAUGUACAUUCUACACCUUGACCUUAAGCCAGAGAACAUUCUUUGUGUCAACAGAGCUACUAAUAAGAUCAAAAUCAUCGACUUUGGCCUAGCCAGGAGGUAUAAACCAAGGGAGAAGCUGAAGGUCAACUUUGGAACACCUGAAUUUCUAGCUCCUGAAGUCAUAAACUAUGAGUUUGUUUCAUUCCCCACAGACAUGUGGAGUCUUGGCGUCAUCACAUACAUGCUGCUUAGUGGUUUGUCUCCAUUUCUGGGGGAUGAUGACAACGAGACACUGAACAACAUCCUGGCCUGUCAGUGGAACUUUGACGGGGAGGAGUUCACGGACAUCUCUGAGGAGGCCAAAGACUUCAUCACCCGCCUGCUGGUGAAGAGCAAGAGCUGGAGGAUGAGCGCUGCAGAGGCCCUCAGACACCCCUGGCUGUCCGACCGGAGUUUACACUAUCAAUUAAAUCAGAAGACAAACAAGUGCACACAUGCUGCUUCUCCAGAAAGCUAGAAACAACACCAGGCCCUCAGCAUGUCUUUUGACAACGUAGGGCCCUGGAGUGCAACACUGGACCAAUGCUGCCGUGUCUGUAUGGCUACUGGAUACCUACUGGAUACCUUCUCUCUGCAAUGCAUCCUCAUGUUAGCUCACUGUACUGUAGCUCCACAGCCAGUAGCUCAGACCUGAACAGUGUGAAGCCAGCAGGAAAAAACUGCACAAAACCUCAGACUGAACCAGUGAAGACUCUGGCUCUGUGGUGUCUAGUUAUUGUAGCCGGUAAGGUAAAAAAAACAACUUGUAUCACAGUGUUAAAUCCAAAAUACUGGAGACUAAAGGCCUGCAUUACUUAUCACUUCCACAACAUUCUCAUGUAAAGACAAACUUAAAAUCUAAGGUUUAGCAUCAACUAAGCAUCAAUGCUCCCCACUGACAGUCUUCAGUUUGUCAUAUUGCCCUGGUUUGUGCACUUUUUGGCCUUGUUCUUCAUGAUUAAGCAAACACAACAUGGACUGAAUACUAUUAUUUAUAGCUCAUAUAUUUUGUGAAUAGAACCUUUUUUGUUCUUUUAAUUUAUAAGUCUUAGAAAUAUUCUGUUGUUUCAUGAGCAUAAGCUUGAUUUCAGAGUCACACCCCAUUAAUUUAUUAUGUAUAAAACACUAUACUGUUUCAUACGCCCAUUUCCCCUGAAGAGUGAGAAUAGCUCAGUGACUGAAUAGUGUAGACUGGCGCGCUCUCUGUGUGUGUUCAUGCUCGCCUUUGCUUUGGCAGUUUGGAGAAACCUUCUCACCUUCCAUGAAGGCAUAACGAACCACAAAACACUACCUAUGAGUGAUUUAUGUAUAUGACUGAAUUGGAUUCUUAUUUACUGGUUCAACACCAGACUGUACUUGAAGUGCAAAGCUUUUAUUAAAGAUGGGACAUUCUGCAGAUUUCACUUAUGUACAGGUGAAAAUGUACCAUUCUGCUUGAUAGAGAGCUGACAACAGAUUGCAGAAAGUAUCACUUAGUGCCUCAUCCUUUUAAAGUGAUGGGAAGUUUAGGAAUUUUGUCACUCAGUUGUUGUCUGCUCCAUUUGGAAAUGGAAAAGCUUUGUGAUUUUAAAUACUCAUUUAAUGAGUUUAUGGUACUUUUUCAAAAUUUC